UGAUAUCUCAGUACAGUACAAAAUAAUGAAAUAUCUAAUUAAAGUUAAGUUCGGAGCAGCUUCUUUGACCAUGAGGUGACCAGAUGGUGAAAAUGUAAUACAGGGUGAUGAUAAGUUAUCUGACCUAUUUUAAAAGUUAAUAACUUCCAAAAUAUUAUAGCUAGAACACUCCAGUUUUAAUCAACUUGACGAAAGUCUCAUGAAGGUUUUUUUCUUGUCUUAGUAUACUUUCACAUGUGCACUCUUUGUUGCUCUUGAUAUCCGGGAGUUUCUAAAUAACACAUUCCACACAGAUGGAUUGGUAGAGAUGGACCAACAAGAUGGUCCACACAUCCCCCCUGUUGGAUUUUUUCUUGUGGGGGUUUGUGAAAGAUAAGGUAUAUUCAACACCUGUAUGUAAUAUCGUGGAUCUCUGCCACAGAAUAAUUAAUACAAUAAGGAACACGAUUCCCGAGAUGAUGAACAACACGUAGAGGGAGAUAAAGUAUUGCCUAGACAUUCUUCGAACAACAAACGGUGCACACAUGGAAGUAUACUAACAUAAGAAAAAAACUGGCAACACUGGAACAAAAUAAUGUGGAAGAGGUGCAGACAUAUGAAGAAGAAUAGAGGGUAGGUCACAUAAAAGUUUCAACUCAAGGUAGGAAUCACAAACUCAGUUUGAUAGGCUAAGUACAGUAGUGUGACUAAUUGGAAGCCAGUGUUGAGUUUCUAGGGUAAAUCUAUACCUAGAAUAUGCCUUGGACAAUUGAAACAGAAAAGGUUCCAGAUGUAGCUAUAUUCAACUUCAAGGAAAGACUUGAAAAGGGAAAAACUAAUUGGGAGAAGCCCAUUGACUUACUUCUCCUUGAGCUUUAUUGAAGGCUGCUACUCUACGUCCAUACUUAACAGCAGUUCGUCACACCCUUAAUGCUGCCAUGUGUCUUGAGAAUUUUUCUUCACAGGUUGUAGAACGGCACAAUAAACCCGAAGUUGAAGUCAGAACAAGCAAAGAACUUCUUCUGACACCUGUAGUUAUAAGUCGAAAUGAAAAGGAAAAGGUUUUGAUUGAAGGAUCAGUGAACUCUCUUAGAAUCAGUAUUGCUGUGAAACAGGCCGAUGAAAUAGAACGGAUCCUUUGUCACAAAUUUAUGAGGUUUAUGAUGAUGAGAGCAGAAAAUUUUGUUAUUUUAAGAAGAAAACCAGUAGAGGGUUAUGACAUCUCCUUCUUGAUUACCAACUUCCACACAGAACAGAUGUAUAAACACAAAUUAGUGGAUUUUGUCAUUCAUUUUAUGGAGGAAAUUGACAAGGAAAUCAGUGAAAUGAAACUGACAUUAAAUGCCAGAGCUCGAAUUUGUGCUGAAGAAUUUCUUAAACGGUUUUGAUUAAAGUCCACUUCAACAGGAUGAGAAAGCAGUUCAACAUACUUGAAUAAAAAUAUUAAGAUGUAAUUUGUUAUGAUAUUUGAUGUUAAGUGGUCCAAACUAUGUAGAGCAUUUGGUUUAAUUCUAUUAAAAUAAUGACAUUUGUUAUAA